CUCUUACUGUGUUGCGGGACGGUGCGGGGCUGUGCUGCCCUGCCCGGGGCGGCGGUCCGGCCCCGGUGCUCCGGGGCAUUGUGCGGCGCGGUUCCGCUGCCGGGGCCGGGCGGGGGCUCCCGGGAGGCGGCAUGGAGCACCUCGGGGCUCACCACCUGCACCAAGGCCAAGCCGAGCCCAUCAGCUUCGGCAUCGACCAGAUCCUCAACACGUCGGAGCCGGGCAGCUGCAUGGUAUCGCACCCGCGGCUGCAGGACUCGGCGGACUACGGGCUGGGCUGCAUCGUGGGCAGCGCCUACAACACGGUCACGGGUGGCUACGGGGCGAGCGGCGGCGCGGCCGGCGCCUACACCGGCACCUCCUGCAGCAUGGGCGGCCUGCCCGGCUCCUACAACGUGAACAUGGCGGUGAGCAUGAACGGCAACACCUUGAGCUCGGCCGGGGGCGUGAUCCGCGUCCCGGCCCAUCGCCCGGUGGCCGGCGGCGUGCACCAGCCCCUCUCUGCCGCCGUGCCGGCGGUGAACGGCAUGAACAGUCUCACGGGGCUCACCUUCCCCUGGAUGGAGAGCAACAGGCGGUACACAAAGGACAGGUUCACAGGUCACCCCUACCAGAACCGCACGCCCCCCAAGAAGAAGAAGCCGCGCACCUCCUUCACCCGCCUGCAGAUAUGCGAGCUGGAGAAGCGCUUCCACCGGCAGAAGUACCUGGCCUCAGCCGAGCGUGCUGCCCUGGCCAAGGCCCUCAAGAUGACAGACGCCCAGGUGAAGACCUGGUUCCAGAACCGACGCACCAAGUGGAGGAGGCAGACAGCGGAGGAGCGGGAGGCCGAGCGGCAGCAAGCAAACCGCAUCCUCAUGCAGCUGCAGCAGGAGGCCUUCCAAAAAACCAUCAACCAGCCCAUCCAAGCCGACCCCAUCUGUGUCCACAACUCCUCUCUCUUCGCUCUCCAGAACCUCCAGCCUUGGUCUGACGACUCCACCAAGAUCACCAGCGUCACCACUGUCGCCUCUGCUUGUGAAUAAGGCUGGCACCUGAUGAUGGCAUGUGCACCUUCUGCUGGUGGGACACAUGGCAUCCCUGUUUGUCCCCAGGGAAGGCUGGCACCCUGCAGUCCUCCAGCCGCUUGUGCAUCCCACGCAUCCAGCUGGG